GAGGGCACAAGUUAUACGAGAGGAAAAAGACGACGGUCACCAAAAGUCGUCCGUCAAAGUUGGCAGAGGAUAACAACAAUAACUGUCCCUUUUGAACCAAGUUGAAGUCUGAGACGCCGCGACGAACCCCGAGUUCCCGUAGCCGUGAUUUCUUUUUAGAUUGCAGCUGAGAGAAUUUAAGCAAAGUCAAAAUGUCAACUUUUGGAAGUUCGGCAAACGUUUUGGCUUUCGGCCUCCUGCUCUUUUUGUCCACUUGGUUGUUGCGCGUCACCUCCGAGUCGGUGAGGGAGACGGAGACGUGGAUGCCAUUGAAGGCUGCGGUGACCCACCAGAACGACAGCCAGGAGUCAUCGGGAGACUUUGGUUUCACGGACAAUGAGGAAGACGAAGAUGAGGAAGAGGAUGACUAUUACUAUGAUGACUGGGAAAACGAAGAUGAAGACGAAGACUAUGAAGAUGAGGUGUCGGGGUCGGGUGACAACGGCGCAGAGAACGAGCGCUCAUCUCCUGAACGUGACUGGCUGCCACCCACUGAGCGUCCCGACGUGGACAACAGGAUUCCGGAGUGGGCCGGCCCAUCUCGCCCCACCAUCCGCCGUGACCCGGAGCCGGACAUUACGGUGAACGACAACGAGAUCUCUCUGUUGCGGAACGGUCCCCGCCCGGGCGACCAGCUUCCCUCCAACGUUCUGAUGUCUCACGCCGCCAACGGCGACGGUGUCUUCUCCAGGACAGAGGUCCUCGCAGGACUAAUCUGCGGUGGCGGCGUGGUCCUGACAUUGGCAGUUCUGCUGGUGGUACUGCUGCUUCAUCGCAUGAAAAAGAAAGACGAAGGAAGCUACGAGCUGGCCAAGAAGCCCAUCUACACUAAGGCCCCCACCGCAGAGAUUUAUGCCUAGCCCCCCCAGCCCCCUGCCCUUAUUUAUUCACUACACACAAGCUAAGCUAAUGUCAGCGCCAUGACGCUCAUCUGAAUAUAUUUUUUUAUUGCCGACGUUGCCUCUUGGAUGAUGACAUUGUUUUUUUCCUUACAAAUAUUCCGGUUGGUCCUCGUAUGAUUUUUUUUUUUUAAAUAUAUAUGUAAUUCCUGUCAAGGAGUUUGCUUGACACUCUGCACCUUUUUAGUAAAAAGUGACUUGUCUUUGUAGACACACACUACACAUUCUUUGGUGUAAACUCUUAAGUGAAUGUGAGUGGUUUGACUUGGAACAAAUCAAACUGCUGCUGACGACACACUGCCGCUAAUGGUACAAGUUUCUCAUGCUAACGCUAAUUAACAAGCUGUGGCAUAACAAGUGGCGUGGGCUUCAGCUGCUGGUUCGACUAGACAAAAGUGGAACUGGUGAACAUUUAACCUCUUCACCUCUCCCUUUGUCUUCGCUUGUUUGUGAUUGGACAAAAUGUGUGUGCAUGGGGUUAGAAUGUGACGUAGCUGCUAGUUAGCUUAGCGAAAACUGGAAGCUGCCUAGUGAACAUUUCACCUUCCCUCUGACCGCACCCUGGCUAGUUUGUGAUUGAACACGAGUGAGUGUGCGUGUUGAAUUGCGUGUGUGUUAGGACUAAUUGGCGCAGGAAGGGUGAAAAUGUGCAGCAGCUGCUAGUUAGCUUUGCAUGGCAAAAACUAGAAAAUUAUCAAAGACCAUAGAGACCCUUUCUUCUAGCUCAUUUGUGAUUGGGAGAAGUGAUGCGGUACUUUUUUUUUCCCUCUUUAGUCAGAUAGUAUUUUGUUGUAGAUUUACUGUAUGUGAAUUAGCAGAAUGUGGGGAUGCGAUGUCUUACCAAAUAUUUCAACCAAACGACUAGUUGGUUUUCUCAGUAGAUGGGAAAGUCGCAUCGUCGUCAUUUUCAAUGUUUUGGGUUUUUAGUCUUUGACCUCCCGUGACUACCGUGCCUUUUGUCAUGAUGCAGUUCAAGGUCAUCGGUCGGUCUUUGUCUCUUUGUGAAAAUAAAAGUUCUGUACAAAA